GGGAGGUCACCAGACAUCUCACGCAAUUUCCGUUUCGCAGAACGACAUCCUUAGAACAUUUUUUACCUUCUGUUCGCAGAAAAGUUCAUAGCAUCAUCUUAUACCUGGAUGAGGUGAUAGGAGUCUUACCUAAUACGAGUCUUCAGAGACAUCGUUAUAAAGCACAGGAGCCACCGCUGUUCCAGAGUCAUUCAAUCCUGCCUGUCAUGCCAGUCGCUGUUCCUCAACUCGGUUCUUACCAGUACGUCGCGGAAACAAAGGAGAACCUUGACUGGGCCGACCUUGUGACGGUCGACCUAAGCUUGUAUAACACGCCUGAGGGCAAGAAACAGCUGGCGAAGACUCUUAUCGAAGCUGUACGCGAGAAAGGGUUCUUCUAUGUCAAGAACUUUGGUAUAUCACAAGAACGCGUCAGCAGACAAUUUGCCUUGGGUAAUCAGUUUUAUGAGCUUCCAUUGGAGGAAAAGUCCAAAUAUAUCCCAGCGGGACUAGAUCAAGGGAUAUUUAACGGUUAUGUUCCAGCUGGCCGUAGAAUCAUCGAUCCUGCGACUAAUCUGAGGGACCAUGUCGAGGUCUACAACAUUCCUAAAUUUAACGGGUUUUUCCCUCAACAGCAUCCCGCAGUCAUCAAUGAUAAUCUAAAGGAGAUCGAAGAAUUCGCACUGUCCCUGCACACAGAGGUUUUGGACCCGUUAUUCGUAUUGCUGGCCAUUGCUCUUGAACUCCCUGAAGAUUACUUCACCAAAAUUCACAAAUACGAGGUCAAGAGUGAGGAUCAUCUGAGAUACAUGAAAUACUCAAAGUAUACGCCUGAAGAAAACCUCAAACUGGAGAACUGGGUUCCCGGCCACACUGAUCUCGGCAGUUUCACGCUCUUGUUCCGGCAGCCUGUUGCAGCACUUCAGAUCCGAUACCACACCAACAAUGAAUGGAAAUGGGUCAAACCCCAAGAUGGGACCCUUACCGUCAACGCAUGCGACGCCUUACAAUUCCUGACCGGGAAUUAUGUUAAAAGCACCAUCCAUAGGGUCACGACUCCCCCGAAGGAUCAGCAACACGUAGACCGGCUCGGUUUGCUGUACUUCUCUCGGCCUCACAACGAUGUCACUCUGGCGACGAUCAAAGAUUCCCCCGUCUUACAGCGAGAAGGAUAUACUCAGAACCAAUUCGAGAGCAGUGGGAACAAUGUGCCAACGAUGGAAGAGUGGACGUUUGCGAAACAGAAGUGGCAACGGUCCAAAGGCUAUCGCGAGAAUGUCGAGCAUCGUACAGCGACGAUUCUGCCGGGUUUCAGAGAGCAGAUUUAUGCCUAAAUGGGAUUAAACGUUCACCAAACUUUGCAUCAACUUCAUAUAUCAGUGUAGCAAACUUGAAGUAUCUAUUAUCUGAAGACAAUGGUCGGUGUCCGUCUUACGCCUGUAUGCUGUAAUUCUAUUCGGUAGAAUCUUGCCCCUGCAGCCGCGGACCAAGCACUUGUACUUGGUUUGCCCACGCUUUUCCGCAGCUGUGACGAGACACGGGUAUAUGAGAAUUUCUACAGUAUCGUAAAGACAUCAGCGCUCAGCCCUAGAUGCAGCGGUCGUCUUCUCCCGAACUGUGAGAAGCUCUUGG